UACUUGCCUUUUCUAUCCCUAUAUAUAUGCAUUUGCUGAAUCCAUUGCUAGAACCAUCAGACUAAUCCUCAGCCAAUACAUCUGACAAUCACAGAACAUUCCUCGCCAAAACCAAGGAAUACAAAACAGAACCAAAUUGGAGCAAUUCAUCAAAUAUGGAGCAGAUUCUGGCACAUGUUAUUGGAAUUCCAGUAAGCUCAUCAUCAAUGGCAUAUCCAAUCAAACUUUUACAGGAACCUGCUAGCCAAUACCAUAUUCUCUAUUCUUCAAAUGGACCUCUAAAAUUAAAACAUAAAAAAGGAGAUAGGGUGAACAAACUUGGAGGAAAAGCAGACAACCUUGCAAAUGGCAUACGUGAGCUUGUGAGAUUGGGGCUCAAGAUCUCCAAAAUUGUGAAGGGGAAACUAAGCUUGGGGGCUAAAAUUAUUCGAGUAGGUGGUUUGGAGAAGAUUUUCAAGCACAAUUUCAGUGUUACAGAAGGAGAGAAGCUGCUAAAGGCUUCCCAAUGCUAUUUAUCAACAACAGCUGGUCCAAUAGCAGGCCUCCUCUUCAUCUCCACUGACAAGGUUGCCUUCUGCAGUGAUAGAUCCAUCAAAUUGUCUUCUCCAACUGGUGAUUUUGUAAGAAUUCGUUACAAGGUUUUGAUCCCGAUAGAAAAGAUAUUGAGAGCCAGUGAAAGUCAAAAUGUGAAGAGACCAUCACAGAAGUACAUCGAAAUAGUUACUGUGGAUAAUUUUGAUUUCUGGUUUAUGGGAUUCCUGAAUUAUCAAAAAACUUUGAAAUAUCUUGAGCAGGCAAUCUCCCAAGCUCGGUGACACACAACUUGGCUCAUAAGUGAUCCAAACAGAGAUUUCUUUUUUGUCCUGCUCUAUUAUAUCUAGAUGUGUUUAUAUUAAGGGAGCAAGACUAUACGUAUUUUGUAGUCACUCUUAUGUAUAAUUAAAAUUUACUAGUUUUUCUUUGGUCAUACUUUGACCACUGCCAUGUGGCACUAGUAGGACUUAUGGACUAGGAUUGCUCAUGGAAGCCUGGCCAACCUAGGCCUCGAUGUUGAUCCGGUCUAAUUUUUGCCCCCAGAAUUGUAAUACUCUACUCCGACAUAUGUGUUGGUUCAUCCCAUGUGAGCUCCUAUUGGAGAGCCCACUUUCUCCACCCAAUGGAAGUGGCUCUCCCACUCUACCAACCCCAUUAGAGAGUGGAAGAAGGUAGGUGGUGACCAAUGAGGCUCUCCCUCAUUGGUGUAUAAAUAGAGGUUGAGGGGAGAGUUGAAAUGGACAGAGAGAGAGUGAGAACCAAGAGAGAUCAGAAAUUGAGUGUGAGAGCUGUGAGUUGAGU